AUGGCCGACUUCGACGACUCUGCCGCUCGCUACGAAGACGACCGCGGUUAUGCAGGUCGCGACCGAUCUGCUUCACCUCGCGGAGAUCGUGAUGACCGCAACCGUAGUCGAUCCCCAAAUGGCCGUGACAGAGCACCGCCGCCCCCUGACACUCGCAUGAAAGAUGCUGAUGAUGAUGCUCUCAACAAUGGCUCAAAUCUCUUCGUCACUGGAAUUCACCCUCGUCUCACAGAAGCCGAUGUCUCCCGCCUCUUCGAGAAGUAUGGUGACGUCGAAAGCUGCUCGAUCAUGCUCGACCCACAUACCAAAGAAUCUCGUGGAUUCGGAUUCGUCAAGAUGGUCUCAAACGAGCAAGCGGAGGCUGCUAAGGAAGGCUUACAAGGCGAGGUCGUUGAAGGUCGCGUCUUGAGCAUCGAGAAGGCUCGCCGCGCGCGGCCUCGUACUCCGACCCCAGGAAAAUACUUCGGGCCUCCCAAGCGUGGUGACUUCCGUGGCCCACCUCGUGGAGGCUACCGCGACCGCUAUGACGAUCGUCGAGGGGGAUUUUCAGGGCGCCGUGACGAUUACCGUGGCAACGAUUAUCGCGGUGACUAUCGCGGUGACUACCGUGGUGGUUCGCGAUAUGACGACUAUGACAGACGCGGCUACGGAGGUGGCAGACGCGACCGAGAGGAAGGUUACGGCGGCCGCGGCAUUGACCGAUACGAGAGCAGACGCGAAGAGGGGUAUGGCGGUGGCGCGCGUGGAGACCGACGUGGCUACUACGACCGCAACGAAGAUCGUAGCUACCCUCCCGCUACGCGCGACGACCCCCCUCGUGAGUACACAGGUAGUCGAGAGUAUGCUCGUGAAGAUCGUUAUGCAAGCAGGUAA